AUGGCAAGCAACACAGAUCAAUAUGAUCCCUACAUUCCACCCCAGGGCACUCCGGGCGGUGCAGGUGCAGCACCUCAACCAGGCAAUCAAAGAACGGCAGCGCUUCAAGCACAAAUCGAUGACACUGUUGGUGUGAUGCGCGAGAACAUUAAUAAGGUCUCCCAGCGUGGUGAACGUCUCGACUCCCUGCAAGAUAAGACAGACAACCUGGCCGUAUCAGCUCAAGGUUUCCGCCGUGGAGCCAACAGAGUCAGAAAGGCCAUGUUUUACAAAGACCUCAAGAUGAGAAUAUGUCUGAUCGGCGGUAUAAUCAUACUCCUGAUUGUCAUUAUCGUUCCGUCUGUUGUGGCAACCCAUCACUAGGGAAAUGAUGUGCUGGGCAUAGGGAGAAGGGCAAUGUGCAUGUCGGCACGUCAAUACGUG